AUGGAUGACCGCUGCAAGUCGUUCAACUACAACGACUGCAACAACAAGUGCGAGUUGAACCUUGCCACAAGACGAGAGCAUCCCGAAGACUUCAAUGCAACUCAAGGGAGUGUGUACUUUGAUGCAGAUGAGGACACACCUCUCUACUCAUUGGCUGAUAACUCAUUGCGACAAGAUGGCAGCGUGGACUUCUGGCGUAACUGGGACGAGUACCAGUCUGGCUUUGGCGAUCUGUCCGGUGAGUUCUGGUUGGGCAACGACAACUUGGUGACUCUGACGUCUGAUGAUUCACAAGGAACAUGGGAGCUGCGAGUUGAUUUAGGGGACUGGGAGGACAACACAGUUUGGGCAAAGUACUCCGAUUUCAAACUAUCUCCUGGCGAGUACCGUCUAAAUUAUGACUUUUACGAUAUGAACAGCACCGCUGGCGACUCUCUUGCCUACAGCAAGGGUCUGGCUUUUACAACAAAGGAUAAAGACAACGAUAACUGGCCGUGGAACUGUGCAGAUUACCACAGAGGAGCCUGGUGGUUUGAAGGAGAGCGUGCUACAAACUGUAUGAUGUCUCACUUAAAUGGUAUCUAUUACCCAGAUCAACAAAAACCGGGUGUUGACUGGGGAGUCCAUUGGUUUCAUUGGAAACUUAGAGAUUACUCCUUGAAAACUUGCAGCAUGAAAAUACGUGAAGCAUAG